AUGCUUUGUGACAGUUUAUUUCAGGUACCAUUUAUAGUGCUUGAGGAUGCGAAAUCGAAAAGUAUCGUGAUAACAAUACGUGGUACUGCUUCCAUGAUGGAUGCAGUCAAUGAUCUUUCACUGGAUGAUGAAGCAUUUUCGGUGGACGUUGACCAGGAUCCGAUCCUUCGACGAGAUGAAAAGCUUGAUGCACCAGACAAGGGCCUGAAAAUGAAACAUCCAGAAUAUACGAUUGUUGUUUGUGGACAUUCACUUGGUGCUGGUGUUGCUACAUUGCUAACUCUACUUUUAAAGCAGACGUUCCCUUCGAUUCGUUGUUAUGCAUUCUGUCCGCCUGGAUGUGUUAUCAGUGAAAACGGUCUGAAAGAAACCGAAAAAUAUGUAUUCAGCGUUUUUAUCGGCGAUGAUAUCGUACCACGUCUUUCAUUCCAAGUAUAUUUUAAAUUACUGUCUGAGACAUUCUUAGAGAAUGCGACGUUAUGCAAGUUGAAGUAUGAUGUGAUCAAAUCACUGGCUCUAACAAAUUCACCAAAAUACAAAGUUCUACUGCGUGGCUUCUAUCGUUUAUGCUUCUCGUCGCCUUGGGAACCUGGACGGGGUAAGCACAUUUUUGCUUUGGAGCCAGCGGAGGAAUCAGUGGUUGUAAAUAUUAAUGAUCGCAUUCCGUUGGUUUUUCAUAAUCCGCUGAUGAUUUACGAUGAUAACGGUGCCGAUGCAGCAGCAGCUACUGGUGAGCAAGCCGAACGGUGGGCAAGCAGACGAAUAAAAGUUUGUUUUAGCAGCAUAUUUUGCAUUUCCAUGUAUUUUUCACUGCGACUUGUGAAGAGCCACACAAUGGCUUCCUGGUAUGGCAACGAAUAUAUCCGAUCCAAAGAUGGUCAGGAGAAAAAAGAAGACGGGUGCUAA